AUGGCCACGGUGGAUUCCUCCACCGACCACCACUUCCUCCACGUCGAGUCUCUCCCACUCGUCGACCUCCGCUUCCUCUCCCAAUCUGAACUCUACUCCCUCUCUCUUUGCUCCUCUUCCCACAUUCUUCGCCGCUGUGACGACGAUGCGAUAAUCCCCAAAAUCGACCGCUCCGUUUUCAACGAAUCCGCCGGCAGUCGUAAGCAGACCUUCUCUCGCCUCCGGCUUGCCCCUCGCAACAACCAAAUCUCUUCUGUUAACGCCACCCCCAUUCAAAUUCCCCGCCAAAAUUCCGAGCCCAUCGACGAAGAAAGCACCCAAAUCAUUGCUCUACUACAACAACUCUUCGGCGUCGAGUCUUAUGGAGACGUUAAGCAUGAUGAUACUAGCCUCGUUCCUGUCCAGGUCCAGUUUCAAGAUCCUUUACCAGAUUCCGCAACUGUUGCCUUCCAGAGCAUUCCAAUUGACAUCGUUGAUGUCAGUCAGACCAAGCGGAAGCGUGGGCGGCCGCGCAAGAACGAAAACGUGGGAAUACGUGUGGAAGAAAAACCAAGAAAGGAGGGCAGUAAGGCGAUGACUUUGCUGAAUAGCAACGGUGUUCUCGUGGACUCGCUUACUUCGGCUUACGUGGAGGAUCCGUUUGGAGAGGAGUUAAAAAGGAGGACCCAAGGCCUAGAGACCGAGUCCUCCACCGUUGUCUUCCAAAACAUUCCAAUUGACAUCGUUGCUGGUGGUCAGAGAAAGCGGAAACGUGGGCGGCCGCGGAAGAACGAGAGUGCAGGAAUACAUAUGGAAGAGAAACCAAAAGAGGAUUGCGGUAGGCGAUAA